AUGAAUCCUGCUCACCCCACCGAGGCCUGUCCACCUGAAGCUGUUGCACUGCAGGGCAGGGGUCCCGGCAGGUUUCCCGGACAGCCUGGGGGUCCAAAUGUGGUUCAGUACACCACCGUGAACAUCGUUGCAGAGCCUCCAAGUGACUACGUCGUUUGGUCCAUUUGCAACUUUAUCUACGGAAACAUGUUUUGUCUCGGAUUGGCAGCAUUCAUCUUUUCCAUCAAGAGCAGAGAUCGGAAGGUGGUUGGUGAUCAUCAAGGUGCCCGGCACUACAGCUCCACCGCUCGCUGUCUCAACAUCUGGGCCACCGUCUUGAACAUCAUCAUACUUUUAUUUUGUAUAAUUUUACUCAUUUCUGUGUCUGUGCAGACGAGCAGAAUGAUGCACCAUUAUUACCGUAAAUGA